GCCACUGCAAUAACAAAAGUUGGAAGAAAAAAAACUCGGCAGCAACGCGGUCCAGGCGGAUUUAUCAAAAAACCUGCACAUCCACUCACUCACUCAUCCCAUCCACUCACCGACCGCGACUUCAACUCCCUAUAGCCAGCGGCAACGAGCCUGACUGUUAACAGCCAGAUCGUCUCUGCAUGCAGAGCGAGACGCACGGAGCUCUAGAGACCUGUAGAUUACAUAAAGUAGGCUGCGAAUCCUGAGCGGAGUGUGUUUUUUUUUACUUAAGAGUUUAUAAACUCUGUCGCGCGUAUUUUGAUGACACGAAUACCACUGGGGGAGCCAAGCGAUGCGAAUUCUUCACAAUGCCGAGCAGUCCCAUGGCUGAGAUGUCUCUCUCCACGUUUUCCGGGCUUCUGCUGCUGCUGCUGAUAUCGCUGACGACCGCAAUCCCAGCGCAGGAGGCAUGUCCUACCAAUUGCAGCUGCAACCUUCAAACGAACAUGAUCUUCUGCGUCACUAAGGAAUUGUCGAAGCUCCCGUCCAACAUUCCCAUGGCCACUCUCCACCUCUACCUGUUCGAGAACAAAAUUUCCCAACUCGCCGACUCGUCUUUCGCUGGACUCCCCCACCUGCGCACGCUAGACCUCUCGUACAACCAGAUCAAAGUCAUGCCGCUGGCCCUCUUCCAUCCUCUGAGGGAUUUGAAAAAUAUCGACCUGUCGGGGAAUCUCAUCGCCAGCGUCACCAACGAGACGUUCCGAGGGCUUGCCACCCUGGAGAGGUUGUAUCUGCAGAACAACAAAAUCGCAAACUUGCAGCCGGGCUGCUUUGACUCUUUGGAGAAUUUGCUUGAAAUAAAGCUGCAGGGUAAUCUCCUGAAGACGUUUUACCCAAUACGGGCGCCGAAUCUGCUGCUUCUGGAGCUGAGCAGGAACCCUCUGGCGAGGCUGGAACCCCACACGUUCAAGUCGGUGAAUGUGGAAAUCCUCAGCCUGUCGGGAGUGGCGCUCGCUGAACUGCGAGACGAUGUUUUUGACAACGUGAGCAACAUGCGGGAUUUGGAUCUGUCCGACAACCAGCUGACGACGGUACCAUCUGUCCUCCAAAGGAUGUCCAGCCUCAAUCAGCUGAAUAUUUCGAAGAAUUUUGAACUGUCUCCGGUGGUCAGGGAAGACUUCAAGCCAUUCCUCCGCCUCCAGGUUUUGGACGUCAGCUACUGUGGAGUGAAUUUCUUUCCGCAGCGAUUCUUCCAGCUCUUUCCCGUGCUCAAGGAGGUCUCUGCAGCCGGAAACCCAUUCCACUGCAACUGUCAGAUGAACUGGCUGGUUCACUGGCUGAGAAGCACCAACGUAGCCUUUUCAAACUUGAAGGAGACGAGAUGCCACUUCCCGCCGACGAACGCCGGUAAGCAGCUGGACAGCGUGCAGUAUGGAGACCUGGGCUGCCCCAAGACCACCGUAGUCACCACGACGUCCACAGCUUCUACAACCACCGCCAGCACCACCACGACAACCACCGCAACCACCACCACCAGCACCACCACCAGCACCACCUCUGCGACAACAACAACCUCACAGCCUACUCAUCCACCACCUCUUCUCACCACCACCCCGCCUGAGCGCGUACUUUUAUCGGACCUUGAGCCUCAAAUUAGUGUUGAGGAGCCUCGCCCUUCCAAAGCGCCCGAGUCGACCUGUGAGAACUUCCACUGUCACCAUGGUGGAGUGUGCAAGAUGGAAAAGGGAAACGGACCAUUUUGCCUUUGCAGCAGGGCUUGGCUUGGACGCCACUGCGAGAACCCAAAAGAAAUUGCAGCCCCAUCUACGGAGAACAAUUCCGAAAAGAAGCCUUCAGAAUUCAACUUGAUUUCCGCCGUCUUCAGCACGGCAGUCGAUAUCCAGCUCAAAGACGUGCAGAUGCAAGGCCCCGACCUGCGGGGAUUCCAGCUGACCUUCUAUGAAAUCUCUAGCACCGACCAUCGUCCCACCACCCUCAACCUGCCACCCAACUACUACAUUUACACGCUGCGUGGCCUGCGUCCAAACUCCACGUACAUGCUGUGCCUCCGGCCCAUGGGCAGGAGCGGCUCCAAGGAGCAAACGGCGCAGAGGUGUGCGCAGACACAGACCCACCCGACUGUCCAGACACAGAACCUGACCCAGCACUCGCACUCCUUGGAAAACCAGCACAUGUCUGUCCUGCUCGCGUCAGUGGUGUCCAGCUUAGUGCUGCUGCUCGUCGUGCUCAUAGCCCUCGUGUGCUACAGAAAGCACAAGUCGAAACAGCACGUGGGCGACCCGAACUACGACGCCGUCAAGUACAACCACCACGGCGCAGGUGGGAACAUGGUGCCUGGAGCGGCAGGCACGGCAGCAGAAGGGUUCCGGCCUUACAUGGAAGAGGACAAAUUCGUCGUGCAGAAAGCACCGCCGACGGUGUACAGCUCGCAAACGAUGCUCGCGCAGCACUCGUUACAAAUCAAAGAUCAGACCUUCAGGCCACUGCUGGGCCACUCGAGUCUUCUAUAGCAUUGAAAUGCGAGGACUAUGAGAGGACGUUUGUUAUUGGACCCUUAUUGCGUGAGCACCACGAGACUGGAUUGGGGGCUGCUACAACAGACUGUUGCGGAAACGCCGGCCUACGUACACAUUGGCGUAUAAAACCUGUACAAAAGAAGUAUGACAAUCAUUGGACAAUGUAAACGUUGACUACGAUAACCCAACAUCUUUUUUUUUUACAAUGUAAAAUGUUUAUUAUCAUUAUAAACACGACAUAAUGGCUUAUAUGAAGUUUAUAUUUUCUUAACAUUUUCGUCAGUAGAAAGUAGAAUGCAUUGUUACAGUAUUCGUGCAGCACUAAUGAAGAUGGUAAUUUUGCUUUGAGGCGAACUGCAUUUCUUUGUGUUCAUACAUUUCGUCUCUUGUUCACUAAAUGUCAGUCGGAUUCAAUUUAACAGCGUAUUGCCUACAGUAGAAACUUGAUUAACAAAAGACAAUAUGGCGUUUUCAUUGCAUCAAAUAUUGGCUGGAUUUGAUUUUAAUUAUCAGAACAAUACUGAUACAGUGCUAUCUUGUCUACUAGAUAACACCAGAAUAAUUGCUAAUUGGAUCCAAGGGCACACGUGACUAAAUUGGCGCUUAUGAUUGGUCACAAUGAAGGGGUUGUGACGGUGACAGCUGUGAUUUCUUAUGGAAGUGUUGUUUAGUUUUAUGUUUGAUAAAAAAUACACAUUUUCACAAGGUGAACGUUCUUAAACUUGUUAAGCUGAAGCAGCAUGAUGAUGAUACAUUUUAUAGAAAGGUGUUUUUGGUUUACUGGAAGGUGAUAAGUGACAUUUAAAAAAAAAUGGACGCAUGCUUUCCCCUGUCGCUGUAUUAUGGCACUUUUUCUUGUCCUCCUGUUGGUUAUGAAUGUUUAUUAACCCUACCGACUACGUCGUCUCAGAAACUUUGAACUUUUCAAUGACAUGUGAGCCUCCGUCUAACAGGGUGAAACUCUGCAGUGCAUUGCCGCAUCGUUGGACCCGUCCGGCGACUCUUUAUACGUUGAAAAUACCUGCGAACGACGCUUCGUUCGUGUUUUUGGUACUCAUUUUCAAAGCAACUUUUACUUAAAAGUGACCGUAACGCUGCAGAUAAUUGUAUCGGUCGUUGAGCCUCAAAUUAGUCCAUUCGAAAGCGCCCGAGUCGAGCCGUGAGAAGUUCCACUGUCACCACGCUGGAGUGUCCCAGAUGGAAAAGGGAAAUGGAUCAUUUUGCCCUUGCAGCAGGGUUUAGCUUGGGCCGCACUGUGAGAUCCCAAAAAACAAAUCGCAGCUCCAUCUAACGGAGAACAAUUACGAAAAAAAAAACCGCCUGCAACCUUGAUUUCCGCAGUUUGUUCAAGUAUGGAAAUCGAUAUGCAGCUCAAAGAAGCAGCAGAUGCACCACCCCGACCUGUUCUGUACUGAAUACGGUGCAGAACGGCUGUUUUUAAAAUCGUACAUAAUAUCAGGGGUGUAACAAUUACUCUGCAGAAUGGCUGUUUUUUUUAAAAUCGUACAUAAUAUCAGGGGUGUAACAAUCCUCCACCCCCCUGCCGCCAUGUUGUUUAGUGAGCCGUUAUAAUUUCGACAACCAUUGCAACACCACGCGAUUUCAUUAACGUGGCUGGUGGAGUCACGUGAACCGCGCUACGAUAGAAGGAAUCAAACACCGCCGACGAUUACACGCGUCCGACGUGCGUGCAUCGUGUCCCCGAGAAUUUGAUGUUCACCAAUCGGCGUGUCCGUUACACGCCUAUUUCAUAAGCAGCGAUCCAUUUAUAGAUAGCCCACGAAAAUAACGGUGAGAAAUUACAGUGGCAACAACAUUUUAUCUCAAGGGCCUCCUUCUUACACGACGUCUCGCACCGACGUUAAUACACCUGUUAGACUCAGACUCGUCUUUUUAUUUCAGCUGGUGAGGUACAUUGAGCUCAGCAGCUCUUUUACAAAUAUGACUCCAACCCAAGACUGCCUGGCAGUGGUGGCAGUUACAGGACAUCAUUGCAGGGAGGUGAUUGUGAAAACUAACAAGAACAAUAGCACAACAACAAAACUCAUGCCAGAACUUGCUGCAAACAGCAGAAGCAAUGAUAGUGCUUAAGAUAGAAAUAAAAUAAAACGGUGCCAAAAAUCCUGUCACUGACGCAUUGUAAAUACACCGCCUGUACAGCCUCAGACAUACCAGAGCUUAGUUAUACAAAGCAUUCACAAUUGGGGCAGAGAUAUUCGUGCAGUAUAUUUCGUCUUAAAACGCGUGCAUAAAAGGAGGCAGAUUUUGGUUAUCGGGACAUUCCAAAAUGUUGGUAUUGCACAAGAGAAGGCCCUGGAAUCAAAUAUUUUAACUCUCAUUCAAUAUGUGGAGCCAUCACUUUGACAAUACUCAAACACUGGGCAGUAUUAAAGUAUUAAAUAUCCCUUAUUUAAGCCAGGAAGUUAAAUAUAGACCCGUCGAGACACAUUAAACAUCGCCUCUUUUGAAUAAUUCAAACAUUUUCAAUUGAAAAAAAUCGACACAAAAUUUAAAUAAAAUUCACAAUUCAAAAAAAUGUGAAUUGCACUUAAAAAUGUUUUUUUUUUAACAUACAAUAUUAAAGAGGGUCAUAAUAAAUCAGCGAAGUAUCUAUAAAUGGAUCAUGGUGCACGACUUAAACACGUGCUGUACACACACGCUAGGUGUAGCCCAAUGCGCUAGACAUGGCCCAUUGGGUCAGUCACGAUCUCGUUAGAUCGAGGAGAGCAGCGUUGUUUGUUUGGAUCGCGGUUAAUGACGGUGAUCACUUGUUAUUGUUCUGGGCCGCGAAUAUACAAACAUUGCGUUCAUUCCGUUACUUCGCCGGCCUUUUAAUUCCUCCUUGUUUAUAACACUGUACCAAAGAUAUGGUUUUGACUUUCACUGCCUUGGUAUGCAGCGCAUACAUCGAGUUUGUACAUAGAAAUAUCUUAAGGUAACGUUGUUGUGUUACUGUCGGUGAAUUGUCGUGUAACAUUUGUACAUAAUAAAGAAAACAUUUCGGAGUACUAAGGAAAUCAUAUUCUCGUGGUUUUAUACGGAACACCUUGUGUGCUGUUACGCUG